ACAUAUAUACAGAACUUUUAAAGUAAACUUCAAACUAAAAUAAAUGACAAAUAAAAAAAUGUAGAGCUUAUUAGGUGUGUGAUUUUUAAUAAAAUAAAUUAUUUUAUUUCUCCAAAUUAUCAAUGCAUCAAACCACGCGCCAAUAUUAAACAGAGUUCGUUAAAUUAAUAUGGUUCCGAGAAUCUUUCGUGAAGGUAUAUGCUGCAGUCCUAGCAAGUUCCGCAGGCCAAAAUUCAACGUGAUAUACAGUAUUGAGAGGAGCACGAGCUCUAACCAGCCACCAGAUGGAGUAGAUAUGUGCAAGAAGUACCAAAGAACAAUUGACUAUACUCUUGGCUCGCACCACUACGAUGACCCCAAUAAAUUAAGGCCUACAGUGUACAUAGCACACACCACAGUAUUUGAUACCAACAAAGAUGGUGAGAAAAAUACUGAAACGUUAUUAGAAAGUCUACAAAGAAAACUUGCAUGGCAGCAAAGAAUAAGACAAAAUUUAUCUGUUGAUGAAGCACAAAAAAAUGAGGCAUCAGCUGAUGAGGUCGCAGCAGAAGCAGAUAAGAAAGGGGAUCAUUUUGCAACAGAUGGCUCGCUGCAAACAGAUAAUGUUUGGCGAUAUGCAACCAUGUAUGAUAGUGAUGUAACAAAAGAUGACAAACUUGUUCAGAAACCCGAACCUUUUCAUGAGAUUGACGAGAAUAGAGUUUUCGUUGAUCCACCUAGUCUGCGUCCCGCGCAUAAUCGUUACCGAUACGAGAUGGAUUCUGAAGCACAGGCUUAUGACGAACUGGCAAAAAAAUAUUUGACAAUGGAAAGAGAUCAAGUCGACAAACGACUCUUACAAGAUAUGGAGCGUCUGGGGCUACCUAUUGACACAAGCGAAGCUACGAGUCCCCCUAUCAACAUCAACGUUUCUUGUGAAAAAGAAGGUGUUCAUGAAGUAGUUGCGCCGAAGCAUGCUGAGUCUCAACAGAGAGAGGCGACUAUUAACAAUAAUCCACAAUACUAUGAUCAAAUAAGCUGGUGUAAUCUAUACUUUCAAAAUGAACAUUUAUCUGAAAUUCCUAGCUCAGAGGAAGGUGUUCCUGAAAAUGACAAAGGUUUUGGGCCUAAUGCGUUCCAUUACGAUAUGUUACCAUUACAUUGUUACUUAGAUUUCGAUCCAUUUGAUGAAAGUAACGAAAUUAAUAAAUCCAUCGAGAAAUUAGGAUUUGAAGAACAUGAUGAUAUAUUACCAUUUCAUCUAUUACAGUGCCAAGAUUUUAUCCAGCUGGAUCUGAAAGUCAGUAAUGAUAAUAAUAAGGUCAAUUCUCCCCUUGAGAGUAUAAAUGUUGAUGAUAUUCAGCCUAAUCACUUUGCCCUUCAGGGUAAUUUGAUGAAUGAGGUUGCUUCUACUUCGAACGCUAUUGAAGCACUGGAACAAUAUGAUUUUAAUAGAUCCUUAGAAGAAUUAUACGUUGGUCAUACUGAACCAGUAGCUGACGUUUUUCACAGCUUGAUGUAUGACAUGGACGUAACAAAAUUUGAUUAUACUUUUCCGCGCGAUAAUAUAAAUGUUGAAUUCUCAUUGAAUAAUCAACAUGAAAACCAUAAAUUCCAAACGGUGAAAGAUACACCACAGGAAUCUGGAACAAUUAUACAAAUUGAAGACCAAACUAUGCCGAAAAAAGAAUUGAAGAAGGAGAAAGAAGAUAAAUUAAAGCUUUUGUCUCACGUGAAUCUGGCAAAGCCAAAGGUUGCGCAGCAGCAGAUAAAUUUAUCGCAGAAAGUACAUAAAGCAACAAAUGACAAUAAAUCUGAUACGAUUGUACAAGCAAAUUUGAAUCUGGUGAAACCAAAGGUUGCGGAGCAGCAGAUAAAUUUAUCUCAAAAAGUGCAAAAUGCAACAAAUGACAAAAAAUCUGAUACGAUUGUACUAGCAAAUCCUGAACCGAAUUUAGCAAAGCCAAAGGUUGCGGAGCAGCAGAUAAAUUUAUUUCAGAAAGUGCAAAAAGCAACAAAUAACAAAACAUCUGAUACAAUUGUAAUAGCAAAUCCUGAACCGAAUUUGGCGAAGCCGAAGGUUGCGGAGCAGCAGAUAAAUUUAUCUCAGAAAGUAGAAAAAGCAACAAAUGACAAACAAUCUGGUACAAUUGUACAAGCAAAUCCUGAACUGAACCCCAAAACUGAAGUUGAACUAAGGGACUUUAUAAAUGCUAAAGUUAUGGAACAGGUUCGUGCAUAUACUCCAUCGGAAAAUACAACACGGCCCCAUGAAAGACUUGAUAAUCUUGUACAAGUGAAUCCUGAAUCGCUCCCUAAUCACGAAUUAAAGCCUCACGUAAACUUUGCGAAACCAAAUGUUGCGGAGCAGCUGAUGGAUGUACUUCAGAACGUGAAAAAAGCGACGAAUAACAACAAAUCUGAUACAGUUGUACAACCACAUCCUGUACCAAGCCCCAAAACUGAAGCUGAAUUAAGAAAUUUUAUAAAUGCCAAAGUUAUGGAACAAGUUGGUGCACAUACAGCUUCGGAUACCAGAACAAAACCCCGUGAAAGAUUUGAUAGACUUGUACAAAUGAAUCCUCCAUCGCCCCAACAUAAUGACGUCACAAACAUAAUACAUGCCAGGAUACUGGAACAAGUCAGAGCACCACCACCUUCGUUGAAACUGACAACAAAUUCGGUCAAAGGUAUCGAUUCAAUUAUUCAAAUGCAACCUCAAGCGGCGUUUGAAAUCAAACCUGAAAAAGUGGCACAUAAAGAGCCUUUGACAGAAACAAAACUAAUGAAUGACAAUGCUACUUGCCAAACAACUCCAACGUUAGAAAAAGCUCAGAUAACAACAAAACCCACGGAGGAGCAAAACUCUGAACAGCCAAACACAAAUACAGCUGUAAAAGCGGAAGAAACGAAAAAAAACGUCUGGAGAAACUGGCACUAUAGUACAAAGUUGCGUGCAGACCGCAACUAGCGAUAUUGAUGAUGCUGCAAAUAAGCUCAGUCUGGAUUUGAAUCUAUCACUUUCUGAGCUCCUUAAGCGCGUACGGGCGCGUAAUCGUUUACAAUACCUCAACGACAUAAAAGCACAAGUCGAAAAUAUGACAAUAUUGAAUUCGGAGAAAAGGUGUCCCCCGAGCGACAGACCGCAAUGCCCACCUCCACCUGAAUGCAUCAAGCCCUGCCCGCCGCCACCAAAACCGAAAUGCCCACCGGCGCCACCUAAAUGUCCACCUGACCCACCUAAAUGUCCACCAGAGCCGCCUAAAUGUCCACCUCCUAAGGAUCCUCCCAAAUGUCCACCUGACCCACCUAAAUGUCCGCCGGAGCCACCCAAAUGCCCUCCAGAGCCAAAAUGUCCUUGUCCUUGUCCACCACCACCGAAAUGUCCCCCUGAACCGCCUAAAUGCCCAUGUCAGGCUACUAAUGCCGAUGAUCCUGUAACAAUACCUCCUUACCUAACUCUCUUGGACACUGGCACUGGCUUUUUGAGAAUUGUAAUCGAAUUAAUAAAAAAAGGCUUUCUAGAAUCGAGAAAUAUGCUCUUCCCUGUCACAAAAGAUAACCCGUUUGAAAUUACAUCGUUAAAACUUAAUAGAAUAAGAGAUUUCGAGCCCUGGACCCCGGUUCCAUCAUGGCCCUUCCCCGUGCAGCACAAGAAGAGGAAGCUUCAGUGUCCGUACCACGGCUGUCCGUAUCCCAAGCCGGGUCCAGUUCGACCUAACUGCCCAGAGCUACCUUGCCCUGGUUUCCCUAAACGCCUCAGUUUCUCGGAAACAGAUAUUCACUACCUUCUCAAGACAGACUAAAGAACCUAUCAUAUAUCAAAUAUAUACUAAAUUGGCGGUUGUAAUUAGCAGUGCACAAUAGACUGCUGACGCGUGGUUUUUGCAAGACGGAAUGGACGAAACCGAAGCACAUCAACAAGCCGUACACGGAGCACCGCAGCGAUCUGCCGUUGGUCGUCCAAAAUACCCCGGGACAUAAAUCAGUUCGGUACGGCGAGCUGUGGAAAGCAUGGUUUACCAUAGAAUAUGAACUCUUCAAUGCCUUCGCGAAAAAUGGCAACUUCUUUACAACGUGUUGCUUGUGUGACCAUAACAAAAACGACGGCACAAAAACCGAUAAAAAUAAAGAGAAGAAAUGUGAUGUUUCGAACGAUGAAGGCACAAAUAGACGACACGUAGAUGCGAUACUACGUACAUAUUCCGAAUUGCAAGCGUUCACUUCACCGACGGUCAAAAAAUCUGGCUUUGUUAUGAUAGAAGAAAAAAGUCCGGAAGAACAAUUAGCAUCAACUACGCUAAAUGCAACAACAAGGAAUGUAGAAGAAGAAAAGCUUGCACAGAAAUUAGAAACCAUUGAAGAAGUACCGCUAGUUGAGGCUGAUCCCGAUAUCAUUAAAUCGCCACAAACCUCAGGUCCGGCUGUAAUGAACAUUUCUAGUUCCGAUUGUGAAGAAUUUGCCAAGCAUUCAGACUUUCAGAUUGGAGAUGACCCUGAGAGCGAGCCUUUUAUGCAUUUCCAAGACAAGCAAGCGACUCCAAACUACAUUAAGAAUUACUUCGAAAGAGAGGACUGCAAAAAGCCUAACUUGAAUGAUCUAAUUACGCUGAACGCCGUGCCAGAUAUCAAUGACGAAGAGGAACUGUCUCUUAUGGAUUUAAUGCAACGCGUUCGUGAGAGAAAUCGGCUUCUCCGCUGUCGAGAUAUUGAGUAUCAACUGAAUGCCUCUACAACGGAUGAUAAUGUUAUGGCUGGGAGGAGCAAUUUCCCACAGCAUCAAAACACUCCAUUGCCACCUGGAUGGGCCUGGCCAACGCACUACAAUAAUCCAUACAGGCAUCAUCAGUUUCCAAUGUCCCCUCAUGUUGCGAACCCGAAUCCUCGCAAGGCCGAACCUAUAACCCCUGAUAACCGUCCGGGCUAUAAUAGAGCGACUAAAGUGAAUCCUGUGACCCUGGCCCUAUAUCUUGGUCCUUUGGUUACUGCUUUAAGAAACGCCAGUAUUUUACUUCCUCUCCUGACGGCGGGUCUCAUCCCUAAAAAUUUAGCGACUGUUAAAAAAGAAACGGGCGUUGAUAACGUUUGCGUGCUGCGUUCUAGCUAUGAGAAAGAAUCGGAGGACGGUAAUUGGCUAGUUACUCAAGCGCACGACUAGACAAUAAUAAAUUAUUGUGUAAAUUAUUUAUUCAAUAAAAAAUAGUAAUAAUGUAAA